AUUUUCGUUGCUCCAUGGCUGCGACACUGGCGAUGAGCGGAGGCGGCGGCGGGCACGAGGAGCCCUUCUACCCGUUGCACAAGGCGUCCUUGCCCGCAGGAUUUCACCUGGAGGACUUCGGCUUGGAGUGCAAGAUCGGCGACUCGGACAGAGGCGGACACAGCGUCUACACACAGGCAAAGUGUGAGAUGGACCGCUAUCUCUCCCCACAGCCGCUUCCAGACACUCAGAAGUCCCAAAGAGACGGCGCCACAGGGGUGGAUCACUUCUUCGGAGAGGACCACACGGGGUCUCCGUACACCCUCAACAUGAAUCUCUUCUUCCCCGAUGUGGCCUACCCGAGGUCGGGCUUGGCCCAGCCGCCGCGGCCACCUCAGCCGGACGGGGACCUCGUCCAGGUCAAGAGGGAAUCGGCGGCGUCGUGCUUCUCUCAGAACCUCCAGGUGCCCACGAGUAGCUGCGGCGCCAUGGAAACCAACAUGGCGGGGUUGCCCGACUUCACCAGCGCUUUCAAUCAACCGGGCGGCGAGGCUCUACCGGAGGUGUUCAUCAAACAGGAGAUGUCGUCGCCGUUCGAGCAGCAGCUGCACCAGCACGACGGCGGCGCCUCGCUCUUCCAGCUCCUGAUCUCCGGUUUGGAGCAUCACCAUGGCGACGGCAUGGAGGCUCACCAUCAUCAUGACCCUCAGCAGCAGCACCAGCAGCAGCUUCCACACUCCACCGUCCGCACGCCCUUCUGUACCACCCAACAAGAUCAGACUGCUAAGUCUUCUUUCUGCGGCGGGGCCCCUUACUCGCGCCCGCACGCCCACUUCUUCCAACAGCAGCCCUACCUGCCGCCCUCGCCGCCCAGCUCCGAGCCGGGCAGCCCCGACAGGCAGAAGGAGCUCCUCCACACCAUGUCGCCGCCGCCCUCGUACGCGGCCACCAUCGCCUCCAAGCUGGCGGGCGGCGGCCCCGGACUGGCGCCCGAUGCCAUGGCGCUGCCCCUCGCUUCGGGCGCCGCUCCCGCAGUCCCGGGACAAGCCGCGCCGCUGCCCCACGCCCCCGCGGCCACGCAGGCCCUCACCGCCGCCCGCUACAACCGCAGGAACAACCCGGACUUGGAGAAGCGACGGAUCCACCACUGUGAUUAUCCAGGCUGCAAGAAGGUCUACACCAAGUCGUCCCAUCUGAAAGCCCACCUCAGGACCCACACGGGUGAGAAGCCUUACAGGUGCACGUGGGACAGCUGCGACUGGCGCUUCGCCCGCUCCGACGAGCUGACCCGCCACUACCGCAAACACACGGGCGCCAAGCCCUUCCAGUGCCCCGUGUGCUCGCGUUCCUUCUCCCGCUCGGACCAUCUGGCCCUGCACAUGAAGAGGCACCAGAACUAACACUUGACCAUGCGGAAAGCACUCGCUCAUGACAUUUUGGGGGUUUGUUCUUUUGUUAAUUUUUUUCCCUCCCUCCGCCGAUGGGGAAGGUCUCGCCGACUCCCACUGGUGGUGCAGGAGCAACUGGAAUGAGCUUCAGAUACACUCAAUACAGACUGGGGAAAUAAAAAGGUCGUAGUCCUUUUAUGACUGGAAUGAUAAGCACUUAACCCGUGUCUGGUGUGCGAAACUAGGCAGCACGAUGGCCGAGCGGUUAGCACGUUUUCCUCACAGUUCUGAGGUUCGGGGUUCGAAUCUCAGCUCUGUUCUACCUGUGUGGAGUUUGCAUGUUCUCCGAGUACUCCAGGUUCCCCCCACAUUCCAAAAACAUGCAUGUGCGGUUCAUUGAAGACUCUAAAUUGUCCAUAGGUGUGAAUGUGAGUGUGACUGCUUGUUUGUCUUAACUACUCGCAAAACGUUUGGGAUAUUCACCUUUCGGGUGAAAUUGCAGGAUGAACCUAAAAUACACUGUAACCUUUACAGGUGAACUUAAUUUGAUGUUCAAUAUUUCUGUGCUUAUUGUGCAACUUGAGGUUGCCUCAAAAUUCACAACAGAUGUUGACAAUCAACAACAAAAUUAACCUUUGAUAGCGUCAAACACGAUGUUCCUGGAGGGAAGUGGCCACUGAAAUAGAGUCACCAGCAGGUUACCACAGAGGUACAGAGAGACUGGAAGAGUCACAGAAAGGCAUAAAGUGAACGUCCUUGGCCAGGGCGUAUUUAGUCAUUUGGUGACCCAAGGCAAACCCAGUCGUCCUCAAUCCUCCAAAUCCACGUACGCCAAAUUAAUUUUGAACAUUAACUUUUAUCAACUAAAAAGUGUGGAAUUUGAGAAAAUUGUAUUUACUGAGCUAGAUAAAAUCCUUCUUGGGGAUUAUUAUAUAACAAGUGAAUCAUGUAAUCUUUUAAUGUAAUUGAUAAGAACAUCAAUCAACAUUUAAUAUAGUUUACCAUUUCAAUAUUACUCUUACUUACCACUGCUGCAUCCUCCUCAGCUAACACCGACAGCAGUGCUAAUGCCAGCGGAACGAGCGUCUGGCUCUUGCUGUUGGUUAUGCACAUUCGGUGUCAGUUGAAAAGGUUGAAACCUUAGGUGGUUUUUAUUAUUAUUAUUAUUAUUAUUUUUGUAAAGUUUUAAGGUUAUAGUGCAUUUUUGGUUCAUCUAGAAAUUUCACCUGAAAAUCUUUUUUGGUGAGUGGUGUAUAUGUGCCCUACGAGUGGGUAGCGACCAGUUGAGGGUGUACCCCGCCUCUCGCCCAAAGUCACCUGGGAUAGGCUCCAGUCGACCUUAAUGAGGAUACGCGUUAUAGAAAAUGGACGGAUGGAUGUGCGAAACUAGUCAAGCCAAAUCAUAUUUUGUUACCUCCUAGAACUGGAAUAUCCAGAUUGGGCUUCUUUAUUCAUUUAUUUGUUUUUUUGUUUAUUUUGAACCAAAUCCUUUGGUUUGCACUAGAAAUUGGUAAUACAGAAAAACGAAUGAGUAAAAACUAAACUGCUGGACGAUCAAUGUGUCGGGGAUGGAAGAAAGGGAAAAAGUGGGCGGACAUAUGGAAGGAUUUAUUUUUUAUUUUUAUUUUGCCAAGAGGGAGGCUGCUUAAGAGCAGCAAUUAGCUGAUCAAUUAUUCAUUUUGUCUUUUAGCGAAGCAGACACGAACACGAGCAGCUUGAAAAACACUCCCACUUCCCAUGUCAUUUGGUAUGUUCUUGAACCAAAGCCUGUCGUCAUCUCCACCUUUAUUAAAAAGUGCCUCUAUAUAGUCUGGUUUGUGGUGAAUAAAUUGUAGCAGAGCUGUGAUGCACUGAGACUUUAAAACAAUCACGGUGCUGUUUUUUGUUUAUACUGUCACAACAGAAGACAUCAAAUGUUUCCUCAGCCGAUGUGCAAAUCAGUCCAAAAUGUUGUCGGUCGUGUGUGUGUGUGUGUGUGUGUGUGUGUUCAUCCACAGCAG